CCCGGCGGCAGAGCAGGGCGGACCGGCCCGGCUGCACCGCCCCGCUCCCCUCCCCGCCUCCCCGCGGCAAGCCGGCCUCUGCCCCCGCCUGGGUUUGGAUCAGGCUCGGUGAGAGUAACCAGAAGUUAAUGAGGUCUGUGGGGGCUGAAGCUGAAAACAACCUCCUGGGCAUGACAGGGAGGAAUCAAAAUCAGGGAGGUACGGCUGCGUCUCUGACUACCUUCAGAAGACACAUUACUGACAAUAGAAACUGCCUGUACUGUGGUGACACAGUGUGAGAUGUUUUAACUGUGACCCAGGACUUCAUAAUGACAUCAAACAGGCUCAGUGCUUGACACCGACACUGAACUUCUGUCGCUCUCUGAUAGAGAGACUCUUCUGAACUCCUAACACUUGCUGGAAUCAUGUUGCUCCAGGGACAAGAGUCACCUUCCCAUACUGUGACCCAUCACAGCGAACUGACUCUACUGCGGGGCCAAGCUGCCACAGAUACACAGUGGACAGCACUGCCUUAGCCGCUCUGUUCCUCUUCUGCAAAAACAGACCCCUCUCACAUGGAGAGGUUUCUAUAUAGUUUUCCUCCUUAGUUGCCCAGUUGCCCAGAAAGGUGACGGCUGCAUGGACCGAGUUUCAAGACAGUCAACGCCCAGGUAUGGCUGUUUGCUGGUGCCUUGCACUCCCUCCAACAGUCAGUCUGCUAGGCCUAAUGCAGACCACAACCAUUUCUCUUCAGUCAAGGUCUCUGAAGUCAAAGGAAGCAAAGUCAAAUUGCGUUGUGAGCAGUGGCACACCUUGCUGAAACAGUUGGAGAGAGCAUAAUGAAUGUCUGUUCGUAGGGAGUCAUUUUUAUAUUGAUAAUUGAAAGCCCUCUGCUCAGUUCAGCACAUCAGUCUCCUAAAUUACACAAUACAUUUUCAGAACAGCCUAAAAAGCUUGAAAGAAACCAGUGUAGAAGCUUACAGCCCUGUUUCUCCUGCCUAGCUCAAACUCAUCCUGGCAAAAUAGGCUCUGCACCACAGCAGUUGAAAGAUAACCUUGGGGACCCAUUACUGAGAAGAAAUAAGACUGCUAUGCAGCUCACAGCUUCCCCUCCAGGUGAGCCAUUAGAAAGGAAAUCAGAACAUGAAUUUUUACAGGUUUGGAAAGUCCAGCGUAUUGCUUUUUCUUAGGCCUCUAUGGUGGAGGAGUGGGAAAGCAGACUACAAGUGCUGGGGAGACUACAAGAGGGAGAGAGGCCACAGUACCUUCUAUAGUUUCUUUCCUGCAACUGUCAGAGGUGGGUGGCUGAUUACAAAAGGUGAAAAGUGAGAGACAGUUUGGCAGAACAGAUUUGUGGAAUGAACUCAAUAAUCAAUCACUGCAGCUGUUAGCAGAGGGCAUGGCCCUCCUGUGCAUUGUAGGAAUUUCUUCAAAAGAAGCCAUCAGAAGGCAGUGUAAUUGUUAGGCAGUGGCUGCUGCUAGGCUUGUGUUUCUUCAGUCUGUGGCAUGACUCUUGAGGAACAGGACCCCGUGUCAUGAGCAGGAGUUAUGCAGACUCUUUGCACAAACCUCAGAGGUUGAUGGAAAAACAGGCCAUGGCCAGGAAAAUCCAUUGCUACUCAUGAGCCAGAUCUGCUCCUGGGGAGCAGUGAAAUGAGCCUGUUGAAGGUGGUGGCAUUGUCCAGCCAGCCAUGCAAGCACAACACAGGUUAUCCCCAGGCCUCAGCUGCCACUUGUGUUUGGGGCAUUGGGAACUUCACCUCUGAGAACUUGUACCCACAAGCAACAUCCUCUGAGUGCUAAAUGCUGGAGCUGGUCCCAGGGAGCUUGUUAACAGCCAAGAGUUCUGGACAGAACUUGUAGGUAGGUGGUAGUUAUCUGUCAGUCCUGACCUCUACCUAAUACCAGUUUUUGGACACAAGCCUUGUUUGGGAUAAUCCUGGUGUAAAUGCUUGACCUGGUGGUAUAUGCAUCGCCACCCAUAGGUCUUGGACUCUCUCCUCUACCAUGUUGGGCUCUCUCCCCGACUGCAGCAACCAGUAGGAUCUGGUCUCUCAUUGCUUUGGGUCACAGAGAUGACUCUGGGGCUCAGGUGGGAAUAAUUCAUUCUCUAGUGAAUGCAUUCUCUAAGACUCCUGUGACCUGCAUCCUAAAUCCCUUCUGGUAGGAGGCUCCAUCAGCAGUCACCUCAGGGAAAAGGAAAAAUUCCUCACAGAAAUUAUCAGGAAUAAGUGAUUUCUGAUAGAGCUCCAAGUGGAGGAAGUUGCACUGGGAUGUUCCCUGGACCUUUCCCUCCAUGGCAGGACUGUCAUCCUAUUAGCCAAAGCCAGAUUGUGGAGUUGUCCUCCAGGUCCCUCAUGCCUUCUCUAGCAAUGUUACUCACCCCUCUGACAGAGCAGCCCAGCGUCUCACAAGAGUGUGCAUCUGCCCCUGCACAGCCUGGAAAACCAAGCCCCAAAGGAAGGGCCCUAUGUAGGAUGCACGGCAGAAUUUGGAUGGCUCACAGAAUUCAUUCUGCUGCAUCUACUUCUACGAAGUGCUGCAGGCUACUGCAGUGGAACUGUUGCCUGUGGAGGACCAAAUUAGACUCCAUCUGGAAAGGUGCUGAGGCGUUGGCUGGGCUGCACUGGGCUGGUGGACAGAUCUGCUCUUAAGUAAAGCUGCGCAAAAACUGGGAAGUGCUGCAUCGGAGCUUUUGAAUUUGGACCACUUCCAGGCCUGACAUCCAGAAACUCAUCCCUAUGGGCAGUAAAGACAAAGAGGCUGGAUGCCAAGGAGGAAGAAUGGUAAAGGCAGCAUCUUUCCAGGAUCCAUGGGCUCUUUGAGAGAUGAUCAGAGGGAGGCCAGAUGAUCUGCACAACACGCACACCACUGUUUCUCAUCUGCAAAGGCAGCAUCGGAGCGUUCUCCCCAGCCCUGCACCACCCGGCUUGCCCGAUCGUUUCCGGAUGUUUCGUAGCUGCGAGUGGGAGGUCCUGGAGCGAUCCCUCAAUAUCCUCCAGGCCAGUGACUUUUACUGGGGCCCCUUGUCUGUGGGGGAGGCCCACGCCAAACUCCAGAGGGAGCCUGUAGGCACCUACUUGGUGCGGGACAGCUCGCAGGGGAACUGCUUGUUCAGCCUGAGUGUGCGGAUGCCAACGGGGCCUGUCAGCCUCCGAAUCUCUUUCCAGGAGGGCUAUUUCCGCCUGAAGAACUGGUUUUCAGACUGUGUGGUCCAGCUGCUGGAGCUGGUGGUGGCAGGGACCCGGAACAACCCCUUACACUUUGAUGAGAUGGGGGGAACCCCCCUGGUCUUCUCUGAGCCCCUGUGCCGGAGCCGCCGGACAGUGCCCACCCUGCGAGAACUGUGCUACCGAAGCCUCCCCGCUGGUGCCAUGACAGGGGACAGAGCAGGGCUGGGGGGCUCCUUGGGGAUGUGUCUGAGGGAGGAGGUGGUUUCACCCCUGCACAGAAGGGGAGGGUCAGAGGGGAGUGUUGUCCCCAGCCCUUCUCUGUCCUGGGCUGGGAGAUGAUGCCGUACAUGUGGGAGACAAAGGGAAAUGCCUGUUAUGUGGCUGUGCUGGUGGGAUGUGUGCCACGCCAGUGGGGCUGGACUGGCUGCUGGCAGAGGAAAGGCGAGGGCAGAGGGGAGCACGGCUUGAACCCGCUGGCUGUGACUGAUGUGUCCUUGUAUGUGCACAGUGUGUGACUUUUCCCAGAGUUGCCUGGGGUAAAGCCAAACCUGAAGAGCAGAGAUUUCCACCACGACCAAGUCCUGCUCUUGGCUCCAGUUAUAACUUAAAAGCUUAAGAAGAUGACUUGCCUGUCCUCCCAGGUCAGCCCUGUGUUUUCUUCUACCCCAAGUGCUUGAGCUCAUUUCUGCUUCAAACCUGCCCUUGUGAAGUGGUGCAGCUGAGUCCAGUCCCGCAGCAGUGCAGCUUGGACAUUGGUGGGCAUGACCCCUGUGCUGACUGGAUCCCCACGCAGCAGGGGCAGAGUGAGAGCACGUUUCACUCCUUGCAGCACAAAUGCGAUGCCAGUUACUUCAGAGGCCAACGUUUGCACCAGAGUGAAACCAUUGCAGCCAUGUAUGAUGCAGGCAGCUUCACUGGCUUUUGCAUUGCUGUAUUUAAUCGGAUUUUUGUGAGUGCAGAUGGGUUAUGCUAUACCAAGGGCAUGGCAUUCCUGCAGAGGUAACCCUGAUCCGGAGAGUUGUGUCUACCCUGGGAGGGUGUGAAGAGAUGGGAUCCAGUGCCCUUUCUUAUGCUCAUGUGAUAGUGAGCUGCUGCCAUCUAUUGAGCAUCAGAAGAUGUUUUGGUUUUGCCUCCAAAAAGGCAAAGAUUUUUUAUAUAAAACUUCUAAAAUUUUAAUAAACAUGUUUUUAUAUUGAUUUUUAAAAGUCA